AUGCCAUCCGAACCUGCCAGCGGGCCUUUCAAUCAGGACGACCGUUAUCGGCUGCUCGUCGACGCAGUGGUCGACUACGCCAUCUAUAUGCUUGAUACCAACGGGUUGAUUUGCAGCUGGAACUCGGGCGCGAAGAAGAUCAAGCAGUACGAACAAAACGAAGUGCUGGGCAAGCAUUUUUCGCUGUUCUACACCCCGCAAGACCUGGCCUCGGAUCUGCCGGGUCGCGCCCUCAAGAGCGCCGAACAGUCAGGCCGCUUCGAGGGUGAAGGCUGGCGCCUCAGGAAAGAUGGCACGCGCCUAUGGGCGUUGGUCAUUAUCGACCCGAUACGCGCCGACGAUGGCACGCUGAUCGGCUUCGCAAAAGUCACACGGGACCUGACCGAGCGCAAGGCAGCGGAGCAGGCCCUGCGCCAGAGUGAGCAGCAAUUCAGCCUGCUGGUACAGGGCGUGACCGACUACGCGCUCUAUAUGCUGGAUCCCCACGGCGUGAUCACCACCUGGAACGCCGGUGCCCAGCGCAUCAAGGGUUAUGAGCCGGCAGAAGUCAUCGGCAAACAUUACUCCAUGUUUUUCCAGCGUGAAGACGUCGACAACAACGUCCCGCAGCGCGCCUCGAAACGGUUGUGCGCGAAGGUCGCUACGAAGGGCAAGGCCGGCGUCUGCGCAAGGACGGCACGGGAUUUGUGGCUCAUGUGG